UUGACCUUCAGGGGAGGAGACUAUAAAACCCACAGGCCACCUUUCUCCCCUCAGGCCAGGUGUGGGGAGCUCCCUGAUCCGCAGGGGCGAUGGCGGCGCUGCAGGAGAAGAAGUCAUGCAGCCAGCGGAUGGAGGAGUUUCAGCGCUACUGCUGGAACCCGGACACCGGGCAGAUGCUGGGCCGGACGCUGUCACGGUGGGUAUGGAUCAGCCUCUACUAUGUGGCCUUCUACGUGGUGAUGACCGCAAUCUUUGCUCUGUGCAUUUACACACUCAUGUGCACACUCGACCCGUACACACCUGACUACCAAGACCAGCUAAAGUCACCAGGGGUGACCUUGAGGCCAGAUGUCUACGGGGACAAGGGCCUGGACAUUUCCUACAAUGUCUCCGACAACAGGACCUGGGUGGACCUCGUGCACACCCUCCACACCUUCCUGGCAGGCUACUCGCCAGAGUCCCAGCAGGACAGCAUCAACUGCACCUCCGAGAAGUACUUCUUCCAGGAAAAGUUCAUGGCCCCCAACCACACCAAGUUCUCCUGCAAGUUCACAGCAGACAUGCUGCAAAAUUGCUCAGGGCUGGUGGACCCCAACUUCGGCUUCGCAGAAGGAAGGCCGUGCUUUGUGAUUAAAAUGAACAGGAUCGUCAAGUUCCUCCCCAGCAACAGCACGGCGCCCAGGGUGGACUGCGCCUUCCUGGACCAGCAAAAGGACGCCCAGCCCCUGCAGGUGGAGUACUUCCCACCCAACGGCACCUUCAGCCUCCACUACUUCCCUUACUACGGGAGCAAAGCACAGCCCCACUACAGCAACCCUCUGGUCGCUGUAAAACUUCUCAACGUCCCCAGAAACACGGAGGUCCUCAUCGUGUGCAAGAUCCUGGCCGAUCAUGUAACAUUUGACAACCCCCACGAUCCCUACGAGGGGAAGGUGGAGUUCAAGCUCAAAAUCCAGCAGUAG